AUGGAAAUAGAUUCUGAAGAGCAGCCUAGAAAUGCUAAAAGACCUGAGGAAGAAGCAUCCGCAAUAGAGGCAUUUCCUGAUGUCUCUAGGAAAAAGGCAAAACACAGCAAAGAAGAAGCUAAUCUAUUAAAAAAUAUGGGGAUCCCUGAUUGGUUACUGCAUCCCACGACUAUAUCUCCAACAGAAAGAUGCGAUCUAGAUCAAGUAGGAUUAUCUGAACGAUUAACUCAGAGAUGCAAAGAGAUCGGUCUAUCUUCUUUCUUUGCAGUUCAAAAGGCGGUUAUUCCAAUAUUCUUGAGAAAUCAGACAUUGUAUGACACGACAAAGGCACCAGGAGACCUUUGUGUUUCAGCUCCUACUGGUAGCGGUAAAACAUUGGCAUAUGUCUUGCCAAUUAUUGAUAUUUUAUCAAAAAGAGUCAUCAAAAGACUGCGUGCGGUCAUUGUUCUGCCAACUCGUGACUUGGUGAUUCAAGUAAAGGAAACGCUGGAUGCUUUUGUUAAAGGCACUGACUUGGUGGUUGCAGCUGUCAGUGGUCAGCAGUCAUUUACUCAUGAGCAACAUGUACUUGUUGGAAGCGAAGAUGAAAGUUAUCCUGGUGGUAAAAGUAAAGUAGACAUUUUGGUAGCUACACCUGGUAGAUUAAUCGAUCACUUAAACGCUACACCCAACUUUACACUUCAGCACGUCCGUUUUUUGGUUGUUGAUGAAGCAGACCGUCUAUUGAAUCAGAGCUUCAAUGACUGGUUAAAUAGAAUCUUACAAGCAACAAGACCAGAUGGAAGUCAACAAGUACCACCACUAGAUUUUAAAACUGAUAAGGAUGGUGUGGUGUUAUCAGAUGCAAUAGCUCCUACCUUUUUGGAGUCUUAUUAUAGCUUUCCUAAAACAGAAUUGGAUCAUCCUAAAGUUCCAUCGAUUCAAAAAUUAUUGUUUUCAGCUACUUUAACAAAAAAUCCAGCCAAGAUAGCUGGAUUACACUUGAUUGAUCCAGAGUAUAUAUCUGUUCAACAUGAUGAUGAUGAAGCUACAACGAAUGAGUAUGUAACGCCCGAAGGAUUAAAGGAAUAUAUGGCAAUUAUUCCGACAGAAAAGAAACCAUUGUUGGUCGUCUAUUUACUUCACUAUCUGGGCAUCAAGUCAGGACUGUGCUUUACUAAAUCCGUAGAAUCAACAGAAAGAUUAAAAACUUUAAUUGAUGCUUAUGAAGCACUACAACCAGAAGAAAAGCGUGUAAGAGUAAAGGAAUACUCGAGUGAACUUCGUCCGGCGGAAAGAAGGACAGUACUGAGGCAAUUUAAAGAAGGAGAGAUUGAUAUGUUGAUUUGUUCUGAUUUGAUUGGAAGAGGUAUAGAUAUAGAUUCAGUCCAAUAUGUGAUAAGUUAUGAUGUACCAGUCUAUAUGGAUAAAUAUAUUCACCGUGUGGGUCGUACGGCAAGAGCAGGUAGACAUGGUGUGGCAUACACACUAGUUGAAAAACAGCAGGCUCGACAUUUUAAGGAGAUGUUACGUCAGGCAGGACAUCUGAACCAAGUAGAGCUGUUGGAUAUAGAAAAAGAGAAAUUAGAAGAAUUAGCACCAGAUUAUGAAAACGCAAUUUCAAGUGUAACUGAUGACUAA